UCAGCACUGCCCCCCUCUCUCUCCCACAGGCUCACACUCACCUCUCUCAAAUACUGCCCAUGCUCCUCGCCCACCUCCCUUGAACAAGCCAAUGGCCAGCAAUGGCAUGGCGUCCUCCCCUUCCGCCUUCUUCCCUCCAAAUUUCCUUCUCCACAUGCAGCAAACACCACCUGUGCACCAUGACCCCGAAGAACACCACCACCACCACCACCAUGAGCACCACCUCCUUCCUCCUCCUCACGGCGGCCACCCCCACAACCCCUUCCUCCCUCCUUCCUCCCAAUGCCCCUCCCUCCAGGACUUCCGAGGUAUGGCACCAAUGCUGGGGAAGCGACCGGCGAUGUUCGGCGGCGAGGGAGGCGGCGGGGAUGACGUGAACGGCGGCGGGGCGAACGAGGAGGAGAUGUCGGACGACGGGUCGCAGGCGGGCGGGGAGAAGAAGCGGCGGCUGAACGUGGAGCAGGUGCGGACGCUGGAGAAGAACUUCGAGCUGGCCAACAAGCUGGAGCCCGAGCGCAAGAUCCAGCUUGCUCGCGCCCUGGGCCUGCAGCCGCGGCAGGUGGCCAUCUGGUUCCAGAACCGCCGCGCCCGCUGGAAGACCAAGCAGCUCGAGAAGGACUACGACGUGCUCAAGCGCCAGUUCGACGCCGUCAAGGCCGAGAACGACGCGCUCCUCUCCCACAACAAGAAGCUCCAAUCCGAGAUACUGGGACUGAAGGGGUGCAGCAGGGAGGCGGCGUCAGAGCUGAUCAACCUGAACAAGGAGACGGAGGCGUCCUGCAGCAACCGCAGCGAGAACAGCUCCGAGAUCAACCUCGACAUCUCGCGCACGCCGCCGCCCUCCGAAGGAGGAACCAUGGAUGCUCCCCAGCAGCACUCCCAUCAAAACGGCGGCGGCAUGAUCCCCUUCUACCCCUCUGCCGUGGUCGCCCGCCCCGGCGCCGGCGUCGACAUCGACCAGCUCCUGCACGCCUCCUCCGUCCCCAAGAUGGAGCAGCACCACCACGGCGCCGACACGCCCAGCUUCGGCAACCUCCUCUGCGGCGUCGACGAGCCGCCGCCCUUCUGGCCCUGGGCGGAUCACCAGCACUUCCAUUGAUCCAACCAUCCUUCGAUGAUCAGCACACAGUGUAUAUCUUUGCGGUUAAUGAUGAAUGCAUGCUUUGCUUGCAUGAGCAACAAGAUUCGAGGCAGUUGGAUUCUUGAUCAGGACCAGAGAGUCGACGGUUGUACUUGUACAUGUAUGAUGAGAAGUACCUAUGGCGGUACUGAGAAUUGUGAUCCAAUUUGAGUACUCAUGGAGUUGAUGAGUAGCGGCCGGGGAUGUAGGGGGAAUAAGUUUGUGUGGCGUGUGUAGGUAGAUUUUGGUAGUAGUAUAUCUUUUGUAUUUUUAUUUAUUUUUUUCUCGUCUUUUCUUCUCCUUUUGUUCCCAUACAUAAACUUGUGAAUUGUGAGGGUGUGUUGUUGUAUAGGUUAAUGGCGCAUUGGUGCUUCUUCCACUAGUUUGCCUUGGAUCAUGUCUUUUUUUUCUUUUGAAAAACAAAUUAAGGAGGGCAAUUUUAGAGAACACAUAUAUAACUCCAUGAUUGUAGUACCACUGGUGCAUUUUCAAAUUAUAAUGAUAGAAUUCAGUUUAUA